AAACAACGAUAUUUUACAAACAAUUUAUAUUUUGGUGCAAUUUAGUAAGUCUGUUCUCUGUUAUAAAUUGUACCAUUUGUUUUUAUCAUUGUUUUUAUCGACUCACUUUUCUCUGUGACAUUCGCAUUAUAUUUGUGUACUUUUUGAUCUUUAUAAAUAUGUCUUUAAGUAACGAUACACUAGAACUUUCCCAAACGCCGUCCGUGAGGUCCAUUAAUGUAACUAUUCCUCCUUUUAAGGUCACAGAUCCUCAACUUUGGUUUAUCAGACUUGAACAUUACUUUGUAGCUGAUCGUGUUCAUACACAGCGAGAUAAAUUUGGCCACGCGAGCUCGCUACUUCCAGACGAAGUAGCAGAUAAUGUAAGAGAGAUUUUAAUCAAGCCAGACAUAGAAAAGCCAUACGACGCAUUGAAACAGGCAGUGCCAUCUAACAACUUCUCAGCCAAGUGCAGAUAGGAGAUAGGACUCCAUCUCAACUAAAAAGCUAUAUGAGAAGCAUAAUCGAUGACAGAAAAGUAGAUAAAAACAUAUUUUAUCAGUUGUGGUUACGACGACUUCCAGCGAACGUGCAGCAGAUCCUUGCGGUUGAGGACAGCGAUGUCGAUAUAGACAACAUUGCUAAAAUAGCCGAUAGGAUUUAUGAGAGAAUGAAACAAACGAGUCCGCAAAGACAUGGUACCACAGUAGAUGAACGAAUCGAUGCAUUACAAAAGGAGAUUAAUGUUUUAUGCCACAAGCUGACGAAACUAAAUCAGAGCGAUACGCAAAGAGGAUGGUCACGAAGUAGAUCGAGGGAAAGAAGUCGAUCACGUUCUAGGAGACGCUCAGCUCCUACAAUAUGUUGGUACCAUCAAACUUUCGGCGAUAAAGCUCGAAACUGUAGACCACCAUGUAAAUUCAAACGACCACACCGAUUGUCGAUGACCGCCGCAACAACUACAACAGCUCCUAGAAACAGUCGUUUAUUUUACGUGCAGGAUAGAGUAACAGGCGCUCAAUUCUUAGUGGAUACGGGAGCAGAAGUAAGCGUCGUGCCUCCAGUAAGUAACGAAACACGAAAUAUCGAUACAGCGCUAACGCUUAAGGCGGCAAAUAAAUCCGAUAUAAAAACAUAUGGCAAGCGAAAAGUAACCUUGAAUUUCGGUUAUACUACCUCAUUCCGCUGGGAAUUCAUUAUCGCAGAUGUAUCCGUACCUAUAAUCGGUAUUGAUUUCCUAAAGAAUUUUGACCUACUAGUGGAUACACGACGAAACCGGCUCGUGAACGGCGACCAUUCAGUAGUGAUAAGAGGAGUGACGACUGAUCACGCAUCCAUGAAUUUAGUAGUGUCAAAAGACAAAAGCGAGCCAUAUAGAUCGCUUCUAAACGAGUAUGCCGAUCUGACGAAGGUAUCAUACGAUAACAGAGAUCUUAAACAUACGGUACAGCACCAUAUUAUAACGAAAGGUCCACCGACUAAAUCAAGACCACGAAGGCUAGACCCGAAAAGGUUGAAUGUCGCGAAACGAGAGUUCGAAAAGUUGACGAAGCUUGGUAUCAUAAGACCUUCUAAUAGUCGCUAGGCGUCCCCAUUGCAUAUGGUUUCGAAGAAAAAUGGGGAAAUCAGACCAUGCGGAGACUAUAGAGCCCUUAACAAGCAAACGAUAGCAGACAGAUAUCCGAUACCACAUAUCCACGACAUUACUACCAAUAUGGAAGGUGCCACGAUAUUUUCGAAAAUCGAUCUCGUUCGAGCUUAUUACCAUAUUCCCGUAGCGGCAGAAGAUAUAUCUAAAACGGCUAUAACUACUCCAUUUGGGUUAUUCGAGUUUUUGCGAAUGCCCUUCGGAUUAACUAAUGCAGCCCAAACCUUCCAAAGAUUCAUCGAUCAGGUCGUCAGGGGUUUGACAGGAGUUCACGCAUAUAUCGAUGAUAUACUAGUAGCUAGCUCUACCAGGGAAGAACAUCUACAACAUCUACGACAGUUGUUUACGAAACUUCAAGAACAUGGCGUCACUAUUAACGUGGAAAAGUGUGAAUUUGGAAAGGAAUCAUUGCAAUUCCUAGGUCAUAUGAUAAAUUCACAUGGUAUCAUGCCAGUUCCGACAGAAGUUGCUGCUAUUCGUAAUUAUCCGUUGCCCGAUUCACAAAGAAAAUUACGAAGAUUCUUGGGGCUAAUAAACUAUUAUAGACGAUUUAUCCCAAACUGCGCAAAAAUAUUACAGCCAUUGACGGACGCCUUGCGAGGACAUACUCGAACAUUCCGUCUUUCAGCGGAUGCUAUACAGGCUUUUGAGAACGCUAAGCGAGCGCUAAACGAGAGAUGAUGUUAGUACGACGAAAGAACGAAGCACCAUUACCCGUCAUAACAGACGCAUCGAACUUAGCAGUAGGAGCCGUUUU